UUCGUGCAACUGAGUACAAGCGGGCCAAAAGCCGUUCGUGAGUAGAUCGGUUCCUCGUGUCCUGUUGAAGCACUGCUGUCCGUGGUCCAGUGUUGCAGCCUUCUUCCUUCUUGUUAUUCCGCAAAUGGAACGGCGGUUCGAGUCCGCAUGCAUUGAGGUAUUCACUGCCCCCGACUGGAUCGUACGAAAGGGAGCGAUCUCCGAGUCUCCACGAAGUAUGGUGUGGAGCGUGUGAACCCCAAGGCGUGCCAAAGGGCAUUUCGUGCUGUCACCACCAGCAAAAUAGCUUGCCCGGCAGGCGAUCAUACAGAUCUCCGAAAUUUGCCGCUGCAAUCUCGCCGCAGAUCUCCCAUUGUGCAUUUCACGUGAAAUCGCGUGUUCAACUCACACACUCCCACACAACUCGGCUGCGGUUGGUGGCAGUCAAUAGCGCGGCACGCACGCAAAAUCUUCAUCGCCGUCUCUCCGUCAGUUGCUACCCGGCCGAAAGACUAUCGCAUUGUGGAUGUUCCUCGCUGCCGCGAGAAGAGCCAGCCCCAUCUUGCUCUCGCUGGCGGUGAAAACGUCAACAAUCGCUGCGUUUUACUCUCCAAAACUAGCCAACGCUCGAACAAACACUGCUGCUGGUGCAACACGGACAGCAUACGCUGCUUGCAGCAUCAGCAGGAACAUAUCGUUGCUUUCGAGGCGGUUGAUCUCGAUGAGUGCCUCUCGUGCUUCGGAGGGAGCCGCAGGAGGGGCAGGGUCAAGGCAGUUUGUGGUGGCGGCUUGCCAGAUUCUCUGCGGUAGCGACAAGUUGGUGAACAUUGCCACUGCGGAGAGCGCUGUCAGGGAAGCCGCCGCAGCGGGCGCCCAGGUGGUCGUCCUACCAGAGUGCUGGAACGGCCCAUACGACACGGCGUCCUUCCCCGUCUACGCCGAGCCAGUGCCCGACCCUCAGGGAGAUGAAACCACCGCAGAAAUGCCGUCGGCGGAGCAAAGCCCCUCUGCCGCUAUGCUCUGCCGCGCCGCCGCGGAAAACAAGGUGUGGCUCGUCGGGGGCUCCGUGCCAGAGGCGGGGAAAGACGGCGGGGUCUACAACACGUGUAUCAUCGUGGAACCCAGCGGGAGGAUCGCGGCCAAGCACCGCAAGGUGCACCUGUUCGACAUCGACGUGCCCGGGGGCAUCACGUUCAAAGAAUCUGACACGCUGAGUCCAGGCGACUCCAUCACCACGGUGGAGACCCCCUUCGGCACAAUUGGGGUAGGGAUCUGCUACGACAUGCGCUUCCCGGAGCUCAGCAUGGCCAUGCGGGCGGCGGGAAGCGUACUGCUGUGCUUUCCAGGGGCUUUCAAUAUGACCACCGGGCCGGCACACUGGGAACUCUUGCAAAGGGCUCGUGCUCUAGACAACCAGUGCUACGUGGUGACUGCAUCUCCCGCUCGAAACCCGGACUCCAAAUACCAAGCUUGGGGACACAGUUCAAUCGUCGACCCAUGGGGCACCAUUGUCGCGACAACAGAACACGAGGAGGCUAUGUUGGUGGCGGAGGUAGACGUCGGCCGGGUAGCGGAGGUUCGAACGAGCAUCCCCGUUUCCCUCCAGAAGAGGCCCGAUUUGUACCGGCUGGAGUUGCCGUAGAAGUUUCUAGAGGUACUGCUACCGCUCGCGAUAGUGUAUCACAGUUGUUAGAAGUCUUUGUGCAUUGAGUUUGGGAGGAAUACUGCUGGAUACUCGGAUUGUUUUUGAGUACUCUUGAUGGUUGAAGCACUUAAUGGUCUAUUCUCUUUUACUCCAUCAUGGUUUUGUACUAUAAUGGUGCCGUUGCGCUGUUGCCACCCACGCGCGAUCAGAGUAACAUCGAAUUCAAUAGCGAGUGUUGGUUUGGAACUGGUCAGAGUCGAGCCCGCUUUGUGUUUCCUAUAGUAAGAGUUGACACGAUCCUUCCUUCGAUAGCAUUGUCAGCAAUGUCUUUCAAGUGGUGCACACGAUGCAAUCGCUAGGUCGAGGCUGCAAACAGGAGGAAACCUCGUGUGUGAGUGGAAUAUAGUCUCGAUGGCGGCCGCGUCAUUGGUUGCUUCUACAUAGCUGCGGCGAGAGUC